UCACAUGCAAAAUUAGAUAUUUUGAUUUGUAUAAUGCCGACACUGAACUGUCUUGUCUGCCUGAGGCAUAAAUGUCCUUUCACAGCAAGCGCUUUACAUUGAAGUGAGCUUAACAUAUUUUAGAAUAAAUGUACGUCUUUGUGGAGGUCAUGUAGUGUAAAAUGUGCACCAUCUUAAUGUACUAACAAUAGAGACAUUCAGCUUGUAAUUGAUUGUUUCUGAGUAGUCUAUAACACUAAACUAAAAAAAAAAAAAAAAAAAAAAAAAAGAAAAAUAAAAACAAACCAGAGUUGAAAGGUCACAGCACAGAGGCAGGCACCUCUACAGUGUCCAAGAAAUGUUUUUCAGAAAAAUAGAAGACAAAAAAAAUUAUAAAAACAGAGAAACCUCUCGUUUUAUCUACAGUUUGCAAAAAUAUGUGCACCCAGUCAGAAGUAUUUCUUAGCAUUUAUUUUCAACAGACUAGGGUGGGACCAGGGGAAUGAAUGUUAUAAAGAUACAGCAGAGUACCCUGUAUUGUGCAACAAAAGUUGCAAGUAAUAAAGUGUAAGUAUUAAUCAUUAUUGUAUAAAGCAAUAUUAUAUAUUCUGUUUAUUCAGCCGAUAAUCAUGAUUAUUGUGAAAAUUUACAGCCUAAAAUCGAUAACAGAAAAUUGCAUUUGUCCAGCACUACUGUAUGUGAAUAUUGCAAGCAGGAUUAAUUACGUGUACAUAAACAACAGCUAUUUUUAUUUGUAUUUAAAUGGUAAAAACAUGAUUACUGUUCUAUAUAACAUUUGUUACAGCCCUACUAUCUUCUAAGUUAAUGCUUAUGAAAACUAAUUGUACUCCUAAUAUUCUGUUAUUUAAAUCAAAUCAAAAACAGUCAGUGUCUUCAUGUACUUAGUCACACCCCUAUUGUGUUGUAUCUUAUUUCUCUUAUUUUCCAUCACAGGAUUGUUCCCAAACCAUGCUCCUGGCCUCUAUAGUUACUCCAGAUUCAUCCUCCUGUGCCCCAAUCAGCCCUUCCCAUGUUAGUUCUAUUGCUGGACAGACCUUCCCACCAGAACUGAAUGUACAAGCUGGUGUGUUAGAGCUUGGAUUGCAAACACCAGCAGGAAAAGAGGAAGCGAACUUUAGCAAAAGCAGACAUGCAGCCGACAAGACAAAUAAUGAAGAAUACAUGAAGAAACUUCACAUGCAGGAGAGGGCAGUGGAGGAAGUUAAACUUGCAAUAAAACCCUUUUACCAGAAAAGGGACAUCACCAAAGAGGAAUACAAGGAAAUUCUGCGAAAAGCUGUCCAGAAGGUUUGUCACAGCAAAAGUGGAGAAAUCAACCCUGUCAAAGUUUCAAAUUUAGUCAAGGCAUAUGUUGACAAGUACAAGCAUGCAAGAAAACACAACAAGGAGUCUGUGGGAUCAAGUUACCAAACUGAAACAAACCACGAAGCACUGGACUCUUGAAGGCCAGUUCCACUCCAAAGGAAGCAGUUUUUAAAAUGUUAUUAACACAGACGUUUAUGGACAUUCGUGUUCUGUUCUACUAACAUUAAAGAUGAAGGGCACUGAAAAUGCGUUUUAAUGUCUGAAACAGGACUUACUAUUUUUUACCCCUAUUUAACACAUGUAUUUUCAGAGAUUACACCAGGGUAGUAAAAACGUGAAAAGCAUGUUCAAGGUCUGUCAGCCUUACCAGGGUGCAUUUGUACUGUAGUUUUUGCUUGUUUUUCUGAAUCUGAUUGUGAUGUUCACAACAGCAUUAGGUCAUUGAAGAGUAGCAGUAAUUAGUGUCCUCCCUAAUAGCAGAAGCUGUUAAUGCUCUAAAUUAAAUUAAAUGGAACAGAACCCAAUUUGUAAUAACCAAGCCGUGACAUACAUCUGUCUUGAGUCGAGCCCAUAUUGUGCCACCACUUGUCAAGAUUGUCUCUUGGUGCUAUUUUCCAGUCUAUUUUUUUUACUGAAGGGGAUAGAUUUUUCAUGGUUGAAUAUUCUUUAAAAGAUCAUAUCUGGAUGUUAAUUCUUGUAUAAUACAGGAAUGUAUAAAUAAUCUACUCUGUCCAGAGUGACUCCUCUAUUAAAAGCAUGGCUAUUUGGAAUGAACAGUAAGCGCAAGCGUAUUUUUAAUCACCGAUCUUGGCUGGGAGCACUGCACAGGGUGGAAAAAAAGGUGUAUGUACUUGUGUGUAUUUUGUGUUGUGUGUUAAUGUUGGUGUAUAGUCAUUGGUACACAGGAUAUA